AUGUCCAAUUGUCCUAAAUCCGUGACCCAUUGUGUCCCAGGGGCUUUCCAUAACAAAUACAAUGUCUUGGAAUGCGGCCAGGACACCUGGACAUACUCGGAUUUGGACAUUAUCUCGUCGGCUCUGGCACAGGAUAUCAAAGCGAUCUUGGGUUCUUUUCCCAAAGUUGCAGUCGUCAGCGAAAACCAUCCCUACAUAUUUGCUCUCAUGCUUGCUGUAUGGAAGCUCGGAGGGACAUUCAUCCCUAUCGACGUCCAUGUGCCCGCUGAACUUUUGAAGGGCAUGCUACAUAUCGUUGAUCCUACCUGUCUGGUGGUCCCUGAGACCGAUGUUUCCGACCAGCGUGUUGCCUCUGCGAUUGGCAUACAUGUUCUCCCCUUUGAUGUGAAUGCGUCAACCAUGACUGCACUUCGACAGAAAUACGCCUCAUUUACUCAGAAAACCCGGCUAUCUGGGUACCCACUUCCUCAUGCUGAUAGUGCAUGCCUCUAUCUCUUCACAUCCUCUGCAUCUUCUACUGCCAACUUGAAAUGCGUACCUUUGACUCAUACACUUAUCCUCAGUAACUGUCGUUCCAAGCUUGCAUGGUGGCGGCGCAUUCACCCGGAAGGAGAAAUGGAUGGGAUACGAGUUUUAGGGUGGGCACCCUGGUCGCAUAUCCUCGCCUACAUGCAGGAUAUUGGCACAGUAACGUUCCUGAAUGCUGGUUGCUACGUAUUUGCGUCCGUCCCAUCCACAUAUCCCGCACAAUUGGCAGCGAAUGGAUUGCAAGGCCCAACUAUUAAUAUCAUCGAUUCACUCCUCAACCGGCGAAUUGCGGCAUUUGCUUGCGUACCGUUCAUCUUGAGUGAACUGAAAGCUAUGUGCGAUUCGGCUUCCGGUCCAGAUGAGCAUCCAACGUGCUUUAGAGCUGAGGAGAAAGCUCGCCUUGUCAGCGCUCUGCAGAGUCUCAGGAUGCUCGAGUGCGGGGGGGCUGCGCUCGAGGCAGAUGUCACGCGUUGGGCUGUCGAAAAUGGCAUAUCAGUCAUGGUUGGCAUUGGAAUGACGGAGACAGCCGGCACGGUGUUUGCAGCGCGCGCCCAGGACGCCCGUUCUGAGGGUUAUUCUGCACAAGAAGCCCUCAUUGCUGAUGGAAUAUUGUCGCUGAAUUCUCGCAGGAAAUUGAAACAAUGUACAGAAGGGGAGUUAGUUGUGAAGAGCAAGCUCAUUCCACACGGAUACAUCAAGUACCGUGAUUCGUCGUUUUCGGUAGACUUGGAUGGCUGGGUAACGUUCACUACGGGAGACAAAUAUCAGCGCACGCCAGAUGGACGCUUCAAGUGGCUUGGAAGAAAGACCGAUUUUAUUCAGAUGACAAGCAGCGAAACAUUGGAUCCCCGACCUAUCGAGAAAGCUCUCUGUGCGAACCCAAGUAUCGCAAAUGCAUGCAUCAUUGGCGAUAGAUUCCUGAGGGAGCCUGCAACCAGUAUAUGCGCCAUUGUCGAGAUCAGGCCAGAUGUGGAUAUGCCUUCGUCCAAAGUUGACAGAGAGAUUGCGAAUGCCCUGGCUCCAAUCAAUCGCGACCUUCCUCCAGCACUUCGCAUAGCAUGGUCUCGCGUUCUCAUAAUUCGACCUCCUCAGAAAAUUCCAGUUACGAGGAAAGGCGAUGUGUUCCGUAAGAAGAUUGAAGAUAUGUUUGGGUCCUUCCUUGGUGUUGGCAUUUCUACCAAGGUGGAAGUCGACCAUGAAACUAAAGACGAUACGGAACAUAUCGUGAGACAAGUUGUGAGCAAUCUUCUUGGAGUCCAUGAUCCUGAGCUAUUGUCUGUUUUAUCUUUCGCCGAGCUCGGAAUGACUUCAUUUAUGGCCGUUAGCAUCGUCAACACCUUAAACAAACGUAUCGACGCACUCAACCUUCCACCUAAUGCCUGCUACAUUCAUAUCGAUCUUAAUUCUCUUGUGGAUGCGAUUUCACUUGAACGUGUACAUCGGAGUAACCCUGCAGACUUGCCUUCUAAUCCGUUCCCUGUCUUCGAAUCACAUCAGCAUAACGAUAAGGACAUUGUGAUAGUGGGCAAGGCAUUCCGUUUGCCCGGCUCAUUGAACAAUGCCACGUCUCUCUGGGAAGCUUUGUUAUCAAAGAACGAUUCGGUCAUCCAUGAUAUCCCACCCGAUCGCUGGGAUCACGCGAGUUUUUACCCUCAUGAUAUAUGCUUUAAGAAAGCAGGACUCGUCGAUGUUGCACAUUACGACUACAGAUUUUUUGGCCUCACGGCUACAGAGGCGUUGUCUGUAUCCCCGACGAUGCGUCUCGCUUUGGAAGUAUCCCUUGAGGCCUUGGAGAAUGCAAAUAUACCACUAUCUAAGUUGAAGGGGACGCGAACUGCUGUCUAUGUCGCCACUAAAGACGAUGGUUUUGAGACGCUCUUAAAUGCCGAGCAGGGUUACGAUGCCUACACGCGAUUCUACAGCACAGGACGCGCUCCGAGCACCGCAAGUGGCCGUAUAAGCUAUCUUCUUGAUAUUCAUGGGCCAUCUGUAACCGUUGAUACGGCGUGCAGUGGAGGCAUUGUCUGUAUGGACCAAGCCAUCACUUUCUUGCAAUCUGGAGGAGCCGAUACCGCUAUUGUUUGCUCGAGCAACACACACUGUUGGCCGGGAUCAUUUAUGUUCUUGACGGCGCAAGGCAUGGUUUCUCCAAAUGGAAGAUGCGCUACGUUCACUACCGAUGCGGAUGGAUAUGUACCUUCGGAGGGCGCAGUGGCUUUCAUUCUCAAGACACGCAGCGCAGCAAUACGCGACAAUGACAAUAUACUCGCCGUGAUAAAAUCAACAGAUGUAUCCCAUAACGGCCGUUCUCAAGGGCUAGUUGCACCAAACGUAAAGGCGCAGACAAACUUACACCAGUCACUACUACGAAAAGCUGGGUUGUAUCCUGAUCAAAUCAACUUUAUCGAAGCUCAUGGAACAGGUACAUCUCUUGGAGACCUUUCAGAAAUCCAGGGUAUCAAUAACGCCUACACCUCACCCCGACCUCGUCCAGCUGGCCCUCUUAUCAUUAGCGCGUCAAAGACAGUGCUAGGGCACAGUGAGCCAACUGCAGGGAUGGCCGGUAUUCUCACAGCCUUGCUUUCAUUUGAGAAAGAGACAAUCCCUGGUCUCAAUCACUUGACGGAGCACAAUCUGAACCCCUCCCUUGAUUGCUCUGUAGUUCCUCUCCUGAUUCCUCACGAGCCUGUUCACAUCGAUAGUGCAAAGCCUCAUCGAGCUGCGGUUCUGUCAUACGGUUUCGCGGGUACGCUGGCCGGUGUCAUCUUAGAGGGACCACCUUCUGAUGCUCCACGGUCCUUGUCAAAUGAUACGCAAAAACACCCCAUGAUUUUCGUCGUCAGUGGAAAAACCGUGCCUGCACUGGAAGCGCACCUAGAACAGUAUUUGGCAUUUUUACGGGUCGCAAAAGCAGAUGACUUCCAUGACAUCUGCUACACCACUUGCGUUGGAAGGGAACACUACAAAUACCGGUUCUCUUGUGUUGCACGAAACAUGGAGGACCUUAUCUCACAAAUCGAAUAUCGACUGACGACUCUUUCUAGUUCAAAACAGAAGCCUCGCGGCUCGCUAGGUUUUGUGUUCUCAGGACAAGGCACUUAUUUCCCUGGUAUGGCAGCGGCACUCGCUUCACAGUAUUCCAGAUUCCGAGCGCUCGUCUCCGAGUUUGGACAGGCUGCCCAAGAGCGGUCGGGUUAUCCGGUUGACAAGCUGCUGCUUGAGGCUACCGAUGCAUUACCCGAAGCAAACAGCGAGGUCGACCAAAUUUGCAUUUUCGUCUACCAGUAUUCUGUUUUGCAAUGGCUGCAGAGUCUAGGUAUUCAACCAAAAGCCGUCCUCGGUCACAGCCUGGGAGAAAUUACUGCCUCAGUUGCAGCUGGUGCCCUUUCUUUCGAAUCUGCGUUGGACCUUGUGGUCACUCGUGCCCGUCUUCUUCGUCCUAGAUCAAAAGAUUCUGCGGGGAUGGCUGCAGUAGCAGCAUCCAAGGAAGAAGUUGAAGGACUCAUUGAAACGCUCAAACUUGGGGAAUUACUGAGCAUUGCGGUUCAUAAUGGUCCGCGGAGUGUCGUUGUGUCAGGUGCAUCAGCCGAUAUUGAUGCCAUGGUUGUCGCAGCUAAAGCACGGGGCUUGAAAGCCUCCCGCUUAAAGGUUGACCAAGGCUUCCACAGCCCUUACGUUGAUUCCGCUGUUCCUGGUUUACUCAACUGGUCCAAUGAACAUUGCUCGGCCCUCUUUCCCUUGAACAUUCCUUUAUACUCGACUUUGACCGGCGACCUCAUUCCGAAGGGAAGGAGAUUGGGCUGGGAUCACUGGGUAAACCAUGCUCGAAAACCUGUUCAGUUUACGGCAGCAGUCGAAGUCAUGGACGAAGACCGAUCCAUCGGUGUUCUCGUUGACGUUGGACCCCAACCCGUUGCAUGGACCCUCCUUCAAGCAAACGACCUCGUCAAUACCUCUGCAGUUGCUCUAUCCGCAAAAGCUGGAAAGGAUCAAGAGAUGGCGCUGCUCACUGCUUUGAGCUAUCUCUUCCAAGAGCAUAACCUUUCCCCCAACUUUCACGAGCUUUACUCCCAACGUAACGGUGCUCUCAAGAAGACACACAUUCCCACCUACCCGUUCCGCCGUGUCCACCGCUAUCCGACCUUCAUACCGUCACGAAAUAAAAGUCCUGCUGUCGCUAAGGUAGUUAUUCCGCCUCCAACCGGCAUCUCUGUACAAAGGAAUGUGGAUGCAGCAUCACAGUCGAAGGUAUCGGAUCGCCGAGCUGCCUUGACCGCUUGCCUUAGAGCCAUCCUCGAGUUAACACCAGAAGAGGAGUUUGACCUUUCUGAGACUCUCAACGCUCGCGGUGUCGACUCAAUUAUGUUUGCACAGCUGCGGAAGCGAGUUGGGGAAGAAUUUGGCCUCGAUAUACCUAUGAUCGAUUUAUCAGACGUGUUUACGGUGGAACAAAUGGUCGAAUACCUUGUCGAACAGUCCGGCCCUGCUUCACUGAAGGACGCAGAAAUUCCAGUUGAUCAACCACUAGACGGAGAAGCUCUCCGGACAGGGCUCAUUUCGUGCCUUAGGGAUGUGCUAGAAAUUUCCUCUGAUGAAGAACUUGACCUUUCUGAAACUUUGAACGCUCGUGGGGUUGACUCGAUCAUGUUCGCUCAGCUACGAAAACGUAUUGGGGAAGGGUUUGGUAUAGAAAUUCCGAUGAUAUAUCUGUCUGAUGUGUUUACCAUGGAGGACAUGAUCAAUUUCCUCAUCUCCGAGCGCUCGUAGGUCGGGUAUGUAGCCACUACUAGUCAAGUCGUUCGCCGAGGUUUUUGUACUAUAGCAUAUUUUCUACUACACGGAUCUGCCAUUUGCAUUCGUAGAUAAAGCAUAUUAUGAACUACUUAAUUCACCCUGCUAGCCUUAUUCCAGAAUGGAGUCAAGCUCG